AUGAAGCAGAAGAAGGACACGCCGAACAUCGUAAAACCAGACCACACAGUGACUCAUCUUGCCCAUUUCUCCGCUAAAAUAUCACCUGCAACUCCUGCCAGCCCGACUGCUAGUCCCAAGGAAUCAAACAAACCAACAUUUCAACCAGACUCAAUCAAGAAAAACCACUCGAACGGUAUAGAGAACAACCACAUAUCUGAAUCGAGAUCUUACGUGGAUUCCAGAGAAAAUUCAUAUAUGUCCCCGGCCCCUACUCCUCCUGCUGCCAAAAAAGAGAAACCAUUAUCUGCUGCAAGCUCUCCCACAAGUACAAAAAGAUCAACCACAGCUUUUAGAGAUGUUCCCGUUAUUGGCACCAUCACGCAGAUAACCACUACAACGACCGUAUCUGCCCCGAAAUCUAGUCGAGAGCCGCAGACGAUUGGUACCAUAACGCAGAUAUCGUCGGCUGUUAAUGGAGUGCCAACGCCAGGAUCUGCUGGAUAUCCACACAUCCCAACACGAACGUUUAGUAAAAUGAAGGGCGUGAAUUAUAGUACAGGUCCAGCCGGGUCGAAUGGUGAAGUAAACGGAAGCAGUAAUAAUACGACAAUAUCGCCAACACAACCAGCACAACCAACGACAUUCAAAAGUAGACUAGAAGCUAGUGCAUCCCAUGCACCACACUCAUCGCUUCUGGAACUAAGUAGUAAAUCAAAUAGAUCGCUGCAGCAGCUAGGUGCUCGUCUAGGUGCUCUAGGACUGGGGCCACCGACAGGAAAUCAGUCGUCUGGUCUACCAGGCGCUUUCUUAACUCCAGAAGCUCUAAUACGACUAUCAUCUACAGAUCCGAGGAUACGGAAGGGCGCUGCUACUAAUGAGAUGAAUGCUUUGGCUAAUGCUAGUAAAGCUGGUGCUGAGACUGUUAUGUCGGCUUGGGCGAGACUGAUUCGGCAAGCUGCUGCUGGUGGUGUCUUUGAAAAGAGACUGGAGGCUUUAGAACGGGCUCAUUACUGUGGGCAAGAGCACCAAAAGGAAGAUUGGAAGCUGCACAAGUCAGUUUGUGAUAGGCUGAAGCUUGCUAAGAUCGACGAGGCAACAUUAGGUUGGCCGGUAUCUCUACCUCCUCUGAAUCUGUUUACAGAAGCAGAUCUGGCUGCUGUAGACAAUUGGACGACAUUUGUUGACCGGUUUCUGCCAUUUGGUGAAAAAUGGAAUCCACCCGCAAAUGCACCAGGCCCUCAAAAGGACUUUCAUCUAUCUCUACAUCGGUGUCUCACUGAUGUUGUAACUUAUCCAUUUACGAUUGCACUCACAUUACGGCAUAUAUCCGUGGAUGUGUCUAGACUGAAACGACCAUUACGUAUACAUAUAUUGACAUUCCCCUCAACUGAUAUUCCGGAUAGCAUACCACCCAUAGUACUACCGCGGUGUUUAGAUGCUAUAUUACUAGGACACUCUGGUAUAGAUAUCUUAUGUACAGGACCUGAUGUCGAUCCGUACCGGGAUGCGGUCGAAGUAGAAGGUCGUGAUGUAAAGCAACGGGCAUGGAAAGGCCUCUAUAAUGAAUGGCGGACAUGCCACUAUCGGACUUUAGAACCAGUACCUGACCUUGCCGUGUUAUUUCACCCUAUGCUCUCUACACCUUCAGCUCUAGCUGCUGCAUUGCCUUCACUACGGAUCUUUUCUGCCGAUCAGAUACCGGUGCUGAUAACAGAUCCAGAUGAGGGUGAUUAUACCCAGACGAUACUACAAAUGCAUGAAAGUGCUGUAAGGAUUGAAAGGACGUAUUAUGCUGGCAAGAAUCCGUGGGCUGGUGAAGUAGAACGACAGAGUAAUGUGUUUCUGAAUCGGGUGUCGCCCACUAAUGGCUUUAUGCAAAUAUAUAAGGGGCUGAAGGGUUAG